AUUACCAUUUUGGCAAUAACCUAAAUCGGUAGUCAAGUGAACAGCAAUUCACUUCCUUCUUCCUUAUAUCAAUCUUGUACAGAAACAAAAGUGUUUUUUGUUUGUUUAAUAUUUCACUUUUUGGGAACAGCUGUUUGAGUUGAAAUUAGUACUGGAAUAAAAUAUUGAACAGAACUGUGAUCAUUUAAAGGAACUAUGGCGUUAAGGCGUCUCUCAUCUGAUAAAAUGGCGUCUGACCAAACUCAUGACUUUAUCUGCUCCACAUGUAAUGAAGAUGGAUUAAAUAUCGAGGCAAAAUACGUUUGUAAAGAGUGCAGGACAUGUUACUGUGACAACUGUGUACUUCAUCACAACAAACUGUUCAGGACACACUCAGUAUUAGGAAGACAAGAUGUGAGCAAGUGGGUUGGGUAUGCAGGACUGAACCCCAUUGAGAUGUGUGACAAACAUGAUGGAAAGAAGCUUGAACUGCUCUGUGAGGACCACGAUGAGUUAGCAUGCAAUAUUUGCGUCUCUGUGACACAUAGAAUGUGUCAGAGCAUCAAACACAUUCCUGACCUGGCAAAUGGACUAAAAAAUCAAACUGAUUAUAAGAGGAUGCCCAUUGAUCUCCAAACGAUGAAUUCAAGACUUCAAGAAUUCAUUACCAAACAAAAACAGAACAAACAAUCAAUACAGGAGAACGGUAAGAAAAUACUGGAAGAAAUAAGGUCACUCAGGAAGAAAAUGAACGAAAAAUUUGAUGAAUUGGAGAAACGGACUAAUGACAAAGUGAAUGACCAACUUGAUAAGGAAAGAAAUAACCUACAAGAAGAUAUAAACAAAUGCACACAGAACAAGAAGAAAAUGGAGUAUUACGAAGCAACAAUCCAAUCCAAGCAAGAUAAUAACACGUCCUACAUAGCCUUCAAGAAAGGCAAGGAUAAGAUGAGGGAAGCAGAGAGUCUGCUACAGCAACUGUCCUCCAGACCUCAUGCAACCCUCUCAUUCCAGGCUGAUACCAGGAUUGAUCAAUUCCUCUCUGGACUACAAACAUUGGGAAAAAUCAUAAAUACCUCAUCCAGAGAGAUUCCAGUCAAAUCUGAUUUUUACAACCCCAAUUACUUCCACACGGGAAAUAUUAGGUGUGAGCCUGUUGUAUAUAACGGAGUAUUCUAUAAGUAAUUCAGUUUCUUGUUAAGUUCGAAUAUCUGUCAACAUAAAUUUUAAACAAAACAGUGUACAGCCUAUAUACUUUGCAAUAUUUAUGCGAAAAACUACAGAAACAAGCUCAGUAGCAAAAAGUUUAAACAUAAACCUGGUUUAAUGGCAUUGGGUAAAUGCAAAAGACAUACAAAAUUUAUUAAAAAAAACAGAAACAAGCUUAGUGGCAAAAAAUUUAAACAUAAACACGGUUUAAUGGCACUGGGUAAACACCAAAGGAGAGAGGCUAGCAGAUACUGAGGGUGGAGAUGCUUCAUUUCAAUCUGUAAAUGUUUUAACUUCUUUUGAACAUUGCUAAAGUAAAAUUAUUUUAAAUAUUGUUAUGAUAUUGUUAUAACGAUUCUGUUCAUUUGUCGAUAUACUAACGCUUUUAAUAUGUCUCUUCUCAUUCUUACAGUUAUAUGAUGUUAUGCCAUCUGUUUUGUUGCUCCAGAAUAAUGUUAUGUCUACUUUCACUAUUCAUGUAUUGCUUUUUAAUAUGAACAUUUCACUCAAUAAAUUUAUUCUAACA